UCAUGUCAUAUUCCGAAAUCCAGUCUUUCUUUCUUUUCUUGGCUUUAGUUAGUUUGCUACGGCCAAUCGUUUCGAAAUUUUAAAUGCCGAUAUAUAAAAUUAGAAAAGAUUAUUGAUAAGUUGUAAGAAUACAAAUUAUUCGCGAUUGAAUUUUACUUAUUAUGACAGAGAAGCAAAAUGUUGAUCCACAGCUAGAAGACUUUAUCUUGACCGAAACACAGAAGCAACGUUUUCAGGUUUUGGUUCACGGCUUGACUGACACAUGCUGGGACACUUGUAUGGGACGUCCUUCACCCCGUCUCGACACCAAGACUGAAGUGUGCAUCAUGAACUGUGUAGAAAGAUUUAUUGAUGCUACCACAUUUAUCACAAAGCGCCUAAUGAGCACAACUAAAUACCGUUCUGACGCCCCUCUUGAGUUUCAAUAAAUAAAGUGAAGAAAGUAAAUUGUAAACAUGUUUUCGAGUUUCAAAAGCUUUUUACACCGCCACAAGAGGAAGUUCAUAGUCACUGGUGCAGUGUUUGGUGGGUUGUACUUGUUGACAAAUUAUGCUCAGCGUAAACUGAGAGAAUGGCAGGAGAAUGAGGCAAAGAAGUUCUUUGAGAUGACACGCAAGAAACAACAUUUUGAAAGCACAGAACGCACUUGCAACCAGACAAUUCUGUCGUUAUCCAAAAUUGUCUCGGAAAGCAUUUUAAGCGUACUCAACACGGAAGAAAUAGUGCAAAAGCUGCAAGAAAACCCAGAGAAUAAAUUAGAGCUAUGGGAGCAGUUGAAAAUUAUGAUUUUUACCAGGAUUUGUGUCCUUGUGUAUGCAUUGUGUAUACUUCAAGUGACCUUAAGAGUACAACUGAACAUUAUAGGAGGAUACCUAUAUAGAGAUUCUGUUCAUGAUGAGCAGUCACUCAUAGACAGUGACCUACAAGCUAAGUACUUGUCUUUGUGUCAUCACUUUGUAGGGCCGGGUGUGGAGGACUUAGUCAGACACAUAGAAAAGGCAGUAAAAAGAGUUCUGGAGCCUGUGUCAUUAAAAAAGAAAAUUACCCUUCAAGAAGUGGAACAAAUGUUUUGGUCUAUUCAAACUAUUUUAUGCACAGACACUGUAGAAGGAGAUCCCGUAAGGAAAAUGGUAUAUUACUUAGUUGGUCACACAGAAAUAAAUGAAGCAAAACUUGACACAAUUGUAAAGGAAACAAUGGAUAUUUUAGAAAGUGAUGAAAUUACCUCUGUGACAAUGUCAUCAGUAAGUCGAAGCUUUUCAUCUGUGAUUGAUGAAGUUGCAAACUUAUUUGUUUCAAAGUCAGUUCCAGUGACUAAGAAUCAUUUAGAACUUGGCGAGGAUCAUGUCAUAACAAAUGGAGCAUUAAAAUUAGGAACACCGGCCACCCCCUUUGUAGAUGUGAAUAAAGCAGAAUUACAUCUAGUAAAGCUUUUACCUGUGAUCAAUGAACUGGUAACUAAGAACACAUGCAAAGAGAAUACUAACAUUCCAGACCUCCUGACCCAGCAACUUACACUGAACGACAAGUUGAAACUGUUGGGUGCAAAUAUAUAUGAGGUGUUCAGUAGUGCAUAGACUUUACUGUACCUAUAUCUGACCUCUUAUUUCAAAUAAUUAAUAUUUAGCUUAAGAAACUCUUGAAGUAUUGUAUGGGUAAUGGUUUAUUUUCCAAUUAGCUAGGAUAGCUUUGUAGUGAAAUCAUACACUUUAUUUAAAUGGCAUUUCUCUUGUCUGGAAUGUAAUUUAUGUCUUAAAAAGUAAUUCAACAAACUUUUGUAAAGCUUCAUACAAUUGAAUUAUGUUGAAUAUUUCUGUCACAAUUUUUUGAAUAGAAAACAUAUUCUUACAAUUUGUUAGGGUUAAAUUGUAUUAUUUUGUAAAAUAAAAUACUUUGGGGAAAUUAAUAAAAGUGGCUCAAUGUCA